GCGCCGCGUGAGUCCCCCACUGGCUGCUCUGAAAAGCCAUCUUUGCAUUGUUCCCGGGUCUGGCUCCGCGGUCGCUGCAGCCACCUCCGCCGCGCGCCUCCUCUGCCGCCGCGGACUCCGGCUGCCUUCUCACCAGAGUCCCCGAACUCGCGCUUUCUUUGUAAUCCGCUGCAUCGGAUCACCAGCGUGCCCCACCAUGUCAGACGCGGCCGUGGACACCAGCUCUGAGAUCACCACCAAGGACUUAAAGGAGAAGAAGGAGGUUGUGGAGGAGGCAGAGAAUGGAAGAGAUGCUCCCGCUAAUGGGAACGCUGAGAAUGAGGAAAAUGGGGAACAGGAGGCUGACAAUGAGGUAGACGAAGAGGAGGAAGAAGGUGGGGAGGAAGAAGAGGAGGAGGAAGAAGGUGAUGGUGAGGAAGAGGAUGGAGAUGAAGAUGAGGAGGCUGAGGCAGCUACGGGCAAACGGGCAGCUGAAGAUGAUGAGGAUGAUGAUGUUGACACCAAGAAGCAGAAGACCGAUGAGGAUGACUAGACAACAAAAAAGGAAAAGUUAAACUUAAAAAAAAAAUAAAAAAAAAAAAAGGCCAUCGUGACCUAUUCACCCGCCACUUCCCGUCUCAGAAUCUAAACGUGGUCACCUUCGAGUAGAGAGUCCCGCCCACCCAGCUCGGGCAGCGCCACCUGCAGACGACAGGCGCUCUCCACCACCCAACCAAAACCACAACGUGAAUUUGCAACGGGAGGAAAAAAGAACCAAAACCUCCAAGGCCCUGCUUUUUUUCUUAAAAGUACUUUAAAAAGGAGAAUUUGUUUGUAUUUUUUAUUUACAUUUUAUAUUUUUGUACAUAUUGUUAGGGGUCAGCCAUUUUUAAUGAUCUCAGAUGACCAAACUAGCCUUCAGAGCGUCCUCUGUCCUUCUGACUUUACUUGUGGUGUGACCAUGUUCAUUAUAAUCUCAAAGGAGAAAAAAAACCUUGUAAAAAAAGCAAAAACAACAAAAUACAAUCUUAUUCUGAGCAUUCCAGUAACUUUUGUGUAUGUACUUAGCUGUACUAUAAGUAGUUGGUUUGUAUGAGAUGGUUAAAAAGGCCAAAGAUAAAAGGUUGCUUUUUUUCCUUUUUUUGUCUAUGAAGUUGCUGUUUAUUUUUUUUUGGCCUGUUUGAUGUAUGUGUGAAACAAUGUUGUCCAACAAUAAACCGGAAUUUUAUUUUGCUGAGUUGUUCUAA